GGCGAGUGGAACGGUCAUCAGCCCAAACGACAAAUCUUUCAUCGCCCGUCUUUCUAAUCGACAAGCCGAGUUGCUUCGAGAGACUAAUCCGCAAUCAUGGCUGACACUGAAUACAAUGCGGAGGAGGCUGCCGAGUUGAAGAAGAGAAGAGCAUUCAGAAAGUUUUCCUACCGUGGAAUCGACCUUGAUCAACUCCUUGAUCUCUCUUCCGAACAGCUCCGCGAUGUCGUUCAUGCUCGUGCCCGCCGCCGAUUCAACCGCGGUCUCAAGCGAAAGCCAAUGGGCUUGAUCAAGAAGCUCCGAAAGGCCAAGCAGGAGGCCAAGCCAAACGAGAAGCCCGAGCUCGUCAAGACACAUCUGCGUGACAUGAUCGUUGUCCCCGAGAUGAUUGGCAGCGUUGUCGGUAUCUACUCCGGCAAGGAAUUCAACCAGGUUGAAAUUAAGCCUGAAAUGGUUGGGCACUACUUGGGAGAGUUCUCCAUCUCAUACAAACCCGUCAAGCACGGUAGACCUGGUAUCGGUGCUACCCACUCUUCUCGUUUCAUUCCUCUCAAAUAAAGAAUUAUAUGUCGUGUUAUGUUUCUGGCUGGCUCGUUAAAGGCAGGGUGUUUUGCUUAAUGGGUAAAAUACUCCUUUUAUGGCAUAUGGAGGGGGAAAUUUAGCUUCCUUAGAAAACAGCGGCAUAUGAGGGAACGUUGUUUUUCUAAGCUGCCCAUGUUAGCUAGAAUAUUGACGGUUUUAUAUCCUAGCUGAACAAAUCGAUCCUCUGGUCGUCUGAUGCGGCAUGAAUGGUUUCCAUUUUCUAAUUGAAUCCCAUGAAUAAUUUGCUUGGCGUUACACACAUGCGGGAGUAAGAACACAAUCAGAACCUUCUGGCACCCUGAAGCCUCAAGGCAAUGACUCAAAACUGCCAACAGCCACCAUCAAUGCCGAACCUGUAGCAAUGACAUUGGAAUUCCUUCAUCACUAUGCAUAAAAAAUCCGUUCCUAGUUCAUUGAUUCCACAAUGCCCCAAAGGUUGACUCCAUGGAUGUUGGCUUAGCCACCAAGGUUCUCGAAAACGGGGUUAAAAUUCACAAAUGGUAGCUAGUCGGAGGCGUUUUCGAAUGUACGACGGCACUUCGACGUCGGUGUGUUCGUUAUUUAUAGCGUGACAUUCCCGUUAAUCCCCCUGUCCCUUAAGAUGGGUUAUUGGCGGAAGAGCCGUUGUUCCGACGCCGCAAUGCUGCCAGCCGUGCAGCACGAGCUGCACGUCUUUCACUUGCGGCGACCCGUUCGUGGACAUUUAGACAUUGCUCCAACCAGACCCCGUGGCCGGAUUCAUAGCCAAAAUCAGCAUUUGGUUCCUGCACCAAGUCCAAUUGUGACAUGGCUGAGGACAACGACCGGCUACGGUCUGACUCGGGUGAUCUACUACGCUCCGGAGCUUGGGAUCCUCUCCACCGGA